AUCCUUCAUUAGAACGGAGGGAAGCUUCUCGCUCUUCCGAGGAUGAGAAAGGAGACGGAGAAGACGACGACGGGCGAGAGGGAGUGAGAACGAGCAUUUGGGAAAGGAACGGGGACGGGAGGGGGAUUCCUUUCCUGGUAGGCGAUCCAUGAAGGGGAGAGAGACGACGACGGCCGCCUUCUUUCCCCUCCGUUCGCUCGCCACGCCCUAGUAUAUAGAUGCUAAACUCUGCAAUCUCAAGGGUCGAUUUUUCCACGUUCUUCAAGUUCCUCGUCACUGCUCUCUUGGUGGGCGCCGCGGCGGUCCGUCUCGUCAGGGAUACAGCCUCCAGGUACCUGACGGUCGGGAGAUUGGGGGACGACGCCGGACAGCGGGGGCCGCAGGAGGCCGGACGCGUCAUGGCUGUGGCAGUCAAUGGCGUCUGCUUCGUCUGCCGCAGGCCGUCCACCAAAAAAUGCUCGCGGUGCAAGGCUGUGCGCUACUGCUCUGUUACAUGCCAGAGUAAGGACUGGAAUGCAGGUCACAAAAUGAAAUGCAACCAGGCAGCAACCACAAAUGAUGAAAAUCUGACCAGUACUUCUGGAUGUAAGAGACAAACUAGGGGGUUGGAGGAUCCUGAUAAUGCAGGUUCUUUACUGCCUGCCCGUGGAAUCUGCAGGACUCCGAAGAAGCCAAGGAAGGUUCUAUUCCCCUAUGAGGAAUUUGUGGAACUAUUUAACUGGAAUAGACCUGGAUUGCCGCCUUGUGGACUUCUAAAUUGUGGCAACAGCUGUUUUGCGAAUGUGGUUCUUCAAUGUCUUGCAUCAACUCGACCAUUGGUUGCCUAUUUGCUGGAGAGAGAUCAUUCUAAAGAAUGCAGUCGGAAUGAUUGGUGUUUCCUAUGUGAACUUCAAACCCAUGUCCAUCGAGUGAGGCACAGCGUGCAUCCUUUUUCACCAAUCAAUAUCCUUUCUCGCAUUCCUAACAUUGGUGGAAAUCUUGGAUAUGGGAAACAGGAAGAUGCUCAUGAAUUUAUGAGAUUUGCAAUUGAUACAAUGCAGUCAAUUUGUCUUGAUGAGUUUGGGGGGGAAAAGGCCAUUGAACCAAGUUGUCAAGAAACAACUCUUAUCCAUCACAUAUUUGGUGGUUAUCUCCAGUCUCAGGUGAUAUGCUCAAAAUGCAAUAAGAUUUCAAAUCGGUAUGAGAAUAUGAUGGAUUUGACAGUUGAAAUUCAAGGAGGUGCUGAAUCUCUGGAAGAAUGUCUGAACCAGUUUACCGUAAAGGAAUGGCUUGAAGGUGAAAAUAUGUACAAGUGCGAUGGAUGUAAUGGUUAUGUGACAGCAUGGAAGCGGCUCACUGUCCAUCAGGCUCCAAAUGUCCUUACAAUUGCUUUAAAGCGAUUCCAGAGUGGAAGAUUUGGAAAGUUAAACAAGAGGGUGACUUUUCCUGAAACUCUAGAUCUGGGUCCGUACAUGAGUGAAGCAGGUGAUGGCACCAAUAUUUACAGACUCUAUGCCAUUGUCGUUCAUGUUGACAUGCUUAAUGCUUCAUUUUUUGGGCAUUACAUCUGCUAUACCAAGGAUAAUCAAGGGAAUUGGUACAGGAUUGAUGAUUGCAAGGUAAUGAAAGUGGAACUGGAGGAGGUGCUCUCUCAAAGAGCUUAUAUGCUUCUAUAUAGCAGGAUAAUUGUCCGUCCAUCUAGUGGUAAAACUUUCAAGGUGUUGAAGAAUGAUGAUGAGCAGUCAGUUAGUAUCGAAGAACUCCCAUGUCCCACAACUAGCUCCGUCAGCAUCAUCGAGCCGUUACAUGUUAUGUCUCCAGGAAGACAAAUGCCUGAUUGGAGUGUGGAACUUGGAAUUGAGGUCCAAAGAUCACAGCCAGACUCUGCAACAGGAAAAGAAGAUUCAGUGGAUGUGCUGGUUCAUGCAAAACCAAAAACCAUGGGCAUGGAUGCAGUUCCAACUUCUCAGAACAACUCAAGCAGUAUAACCUUCAAUGGGCCAUCUUCGUCAUCCGAAGUUUCUGUUUCUAGAAGCGAAGAGCCUGACUUGGGUGGACACACCAACCAUGAUCUGCCUGUGGACGGUUGCACAACCAGCAAUAGCAUGUGGGAUUCGUAUGACUGCAAUGAGAUGUCAUCAAAGCAUAAGGAUCAGAGGCAACUGGAUUAUGGUCAGUUCAACUAUGGAGAUUUAUCUGUUAAUGGAAUUUCCCAUGCAUCUGCAUCACUAGAGUUAAGUAGAAAAAUGCAUGUAGCUACGUCUUCUAUUCCCAGUCAACUGUCUGCAACAGAGCGUAUCACUGUUCCACCAGUAGAUGAGAAUGUGGAGAAGGGGAUUACUGAAACCGGAAGGAUUUGCACAGAUGGGCUUGUAGAUGAUAAUGCUUUAUUGUCCCCGAAGGAGAGCCUUCUUAGAUCGUUCAGGAGACCAAAGCCACUUUUUGCUCCAGGCUUUUCUGACAAGGCUGCUGGAAUGAACAGGAACUCGUUGGAUAAUUAUAAAGCGGAUCGGAGUCCUGAUCAUUUUGGUCAGCUUGAAACAGCUGACGGAGAAAUUCUUACAACUGAGUAUAACAUGAAAACUAGCUCCCUCUGCAAUGGCUUUGCUCAUUCUUUUCUUGGCAGUGGUGAUGGUGAGGUUGAUAAUGGCAGUUUGACAGAUUUGGAGCCCUAUAGAAACGGCUCGCGGCUGCUUGCAAAUUGCGAGAGGCCAAGGCAGGAGACGUACUGAAUUACGUAGGCAUGGGACAAAGUCUGCAUCAAUGUCAUACCUAGGUGAGUAGAGAAUCCCAAUUUACGUGUGAUGAUAGUCGGAUCUGCUCAUUCCGUUCAAAACAAGAUGAAGAGCAGUCGAUAAAUUAGCUGACCUAAGGUGCAUUCAAUUUUUUUUCCUGUUAUUCUUACAUGGUUUCUCCCACUAAUAAAAGGAAAUUAGGGGAUCUGGGCCCUUUGGGUUGUCAUUAUUUGUAAGAAAUCCACACUUCUGGCUUUGACAACAGCCAUAUCUCGAAUACAAGGGAACUUGUUGGAUCUGGGCCCUUUGGGUUUGUCAUUAUUUGUAAGAAACCCAUUACAGCUGCCUGGCUUUGACAACACCCGUAUAUACGAUACAAGGAGUUUCUGUUUUAA